AUGUCUCAAGAUUCAUUAAUUACUAAUGAACAAGAUAAUAAUAAUAAUAAUAAACAAAUAGAACAACCUUCAUCAAUAACAACAACAGUUAAUUCGAGAAUGAAUGGUAAUCGAUCUAAUAAUCUUGAUGAACAUAUUAAAUUAGUAAAACAAAAAAAAGAAGAAGCCGAAGUGUUACGCUUACAAAAAUUCCAAGAACAGCUGCAGAAGAAAGAACAAAAAUGGCAGCAACAGCAAUUAGAGAAGGUAAAAAAGUGGCUACAAUUACGCAAUCGUGAUACUGAUCACCGAUCACAAGUUGAAGAAAGACGAAAAAAACGUGAAGAGGAAGCUAAAGCUAAAAUUGACGAAAUAUUACGCCGAGAAAAAGAACGAGAACAAAGAACUAAUUCACAAAUAACAGGCAAUUUAAGGGGAAAUGCAUCGCAUAAACCUGAUUCUCUUAUGAGUUUGUCUACAGAUGUAUUAUUAACUCGACGAGCUAUUUCUGCACCACGUACACGAUCAAAGCAACAAAUAAUGGCAAAUCGACGCAAAUCAAAUGAUUCUCCAAUUACGACUUCAUCAGAAGAAGCUGCUGAUCAUUCAGCUACUGCGGUCAAUUCUCAUCAGCUUAAUCCAGUUGACGGACAUCGAUAUCAUCGAUCGCGUCAUACACAUGAUGUAACAAUAACAAAUGAAGAUAAUUCAGUGUCAGGUACUACACCUCGUUCAGACGCACAUAGUCGAACACGACCGGUGCCAGCAUCCUAUACAUUUUGGUUAAAUACCGGUGACAAUAAUAAUAAUACUUCAAAUGCCGGUUUCAUGCGUUCGACAUAUGCAGCUACUUGUCGAUCACGACUUAGUCGGAGUGCUGAACGAUGUCCUCGAGCUUGUAGAGCUCGAGAAGAAUUAUUAAAUAAUCCUACAACAACAGCAACAACAACAACUACUACGGGAGUAACAACGACAAAUGGUGACCAACAACGUCGAGUACAAAGUGUAAGUCGACAACAUUUAAAUGAAACUAUUCGUCGACUUUCGAAACCCAAAAAUGUUGUUAUGGCUCAAUCAGUUCAUAUUGGUGCCGUACCAACAAACGGAAUAUCUUCAUCACACUCCAGUCAUCAACUUCGUGUAUCUAAUCCACUUGUUCCUACAAAUAAUCAUUUAACUACAUCACGAGCUUCGUCUAGUACUCGUAGACAUGUACAAUCUCGUCCAGCUACCUCUUUAUCUCAUCAUGCUCCUUCUGUUAAUGGUUCUCGUACAUCAUUAACCGAUGAAUCCACAUCUGAACAUCAGCCAGUUAUUCGACAAUCAUCACAUCGUAGUGGUACUCAUUCAAAACCUCUACAAUCAUCCUCAUCAAAACCUCCUACAGCCAUAUCUACUUCUCGUUCAAAACCACCUGUAAAACGUUCUGCAAUGACUAAUUCACAUUCAUCAUCGACAUUAUCAUCGAUGACAACAUCAACUACAAAUAAACAAAACAUACGUCGUAUUAAUGGUGCAUCUCCAUCGAAACAAAAACCUGAUUCUGAAACAUUAUCAUCCGAACAAAAAUCUGAACUAGAUCUAUUAUCAUCUGAAUUAGAUCUUUUAUCAUCAGAACAAAUAUCUGAUAAUCAAAUACUAACAACAGAUAAUGAAAAAGAAGAAGAAGAAAAAUUAUCGAUGAAUGGAGAUACUCACGUAAAAGAGGAAGAACUAAAUCUUAUUGAUAUUCAAUCAACUACUCCUAAUCCUCCUCUUCCUUCUAUUGAACCAAUUAAUGUCGAUACAGUUAUUGAAAUAAUUAAUCCAACAGUAGUAGCUCCCGUAUCUAAACGUGAACCACAAACAACCGAUGAACAAGAAUAUCAACGUAAAUUAAAUCAAAAGAUUCGAGAAGCACAACAACGUUUAGAAGUUGAACGUCAACGUGAAGAAGAACGACAACGUCAAUUAGAACUAGAAGAAUAUGAACGUGAACAAGAACAAAUUCGACUUGUUGAAGAACAAAGUCGUGCUGAACAAGAACGUUUACAACGUGCAAUUGAAGAAUGUGAACGUGAAAAUGAAUUAAAACGUCAAGAAGAACAACGUUUACAACAACAACGUGAAGAAUUAGAAAGAAAACAAGCUGAAGAAACUGAACGUCUCAAUCGUGAAAGACAAGAAAGAGCUAAAAAAGAAGAAGAAGAACGAAAUGAAAGAAAAAAACGUUUAGAUUUAAUUAUGAGACGUACAAGACAAGUUUCACCAAGUCCAAAACCUGAAAUAAGUAUUAGUACAACUAAUAUUGACGAAACAAAUGGUCAUGAUCAACAACCAUCCUCAAUACCUCAUUCCAUUUCUGAUAAUCGUCUUCCAAUUUCAUUAUCAAAUGAUAAUUUUCUAAAUACAAAUAAUAAUGAAUCAACUACACCUGAAGCACCCAAAUUUAAAUCUCCAUUAAUACAAAGUCUUCUUAAUAAAGCUCGAAAUACAAGAUCAACAGAUAAUCUCACACAAUCAACUAUGACAACAUCACAAUUAUUGAUUGAAGAUCCAACAACAACAUCAACUAGUCAAACUAAUUUAUUCGAUGAUGAUGAUCAACAAGAUUCAGGUAUUAAUAAUACACCUAAUGGUCAUAGUGAUUCAUUGAAUCUUAAUUCUUAUCAUGAACAUUCAAUUGAAACAGCAACUAGUUUUCAAUGA